AUGAAAGCUACUAUUUUUAUUCUUACCUUUCUGUCUGUCUUGGGGACUCUUGCAAACGACCUCACUAAGAGAGCAGACCGCGGUUCUGAGACUGUCUCCGGUAUUAGCUCGCGCAAGCAAUCCAUUCUAAAUGCCGGCGGUAAUACUCUAGACCUUGCUAUCGCUAUGCUUGAAACUGAAACAAUGACAACCGAUUAUACCUACGGUGACGGAAAGACUCAAGACGCAGCCAAUUUUGGUCUUUUUAAGCAGAACUGGGGAAUGCUUCGAGUGUGUGCAACCCGAUACGGACUGGCGGGCCAACCGGAGAGCUCAUGGAAUAAUGGAGCUCUACUUAAUAAUAACGUCUACGCAGAUGUUGCCUCUCGCUGGGACUGCCAGGAAUAUUAUGGGGUAGAUAAAUGGUUCGCGGGGCACCGUAAUGGUGCAAGCGGGCUUGCAAAUCCUAAUACAGCCGAUAUCAACAAUUAUAAGAAUGCCGUGUAUUGGAUCCAGGAGCAGAUUGAUAGCAACUCAGCUUAUAAAUCUGAUGAUACCAGGUUUUGGGUGGAUGUUACUCCUAUCUAG